AUGGACAUUGACAAAUCUCUACUAAAUAAUAGGAGUGACGAUGAAGAUAUUGAGAUAGAUAAAGUUUUAGAAUUAUUUGAAGAAGAAGAACAACAACAACAAAAAAAAAAAGAACCAGAGCAAAAUCAAGAAAAGAAAAAAAUAAACUUUCAAUAUGACAAUAAGUUAAUUCAACAAUUCCAUUCUAUUCAAAAACUCUCUAAGUUUGUAGUUGGAAAUCCCUUCCAAUCAUUAAGAAAUCAACAAGUAACACAAAAGAUUUUUAGCAACGAUUGCAUUUAUUGCGAUGGAGAAGUAGACUUUAAUUUAAAAAAUGAAUGCAUUGUAAAUGGAGCGACUUUCAAAGUUAGGUUAACACCAUUAGUUAAUAUUAUGGUUCACGUCAAAGGAAGUAUUCCAAAAGAAUUAAUUCUGUGGGCAUCUACUAAAAAUGUUCCUAUUGUUAGCCAAGAUUGGUUAAUAGAAUGUUUAAAACAAAAGAGAAGAGUUGAUUUUAAACAAUAUUUAUUCAGUGAAAAUAAAAUAAAUGAAACAAGAAAACAUAUUAUUGAUUUAAACAAUGAUGACGUCUUACCAGAAAAAAGGGGCAUAUGA